UUAACGAGCGUGACACAAAAGCGCCGGCAUUCUUGCCGUCACAGAGGUCGACCAGGCAACCUAUAAAAGGCCAGCGCAGAAUCCACCGCCAGUCAGGAUCGGACUUGAUUCGAAGCGAGUGACGUCCCGACACAAUGGGGACUUUGAAGGUGCUCAGCGUUGUCCUUUUGCUACUCGGAAGCAUCAGCCCAACUGUCCCCCAACCGACCCCGGAUGAGAAUGAGCCGCCACCAGAUGACACAGACCCGCCGACAGACCCGUCGACAGACCCGCCGACAGACCCGCCGACAGACCCGUCGACAGACCCGCCGACAGACCCGCCACACUCGCCAGUCGAUGUCACAUGCGUGAAUGCAACCUUCCAGCAAGGUUUAAAGCUGGAAUCAGGCGUCGGCCUGGUUGUGCGUUUUUUUGGAAACAAAAUCUGGCUCGAAGGGGUUGAUUAUUCUGAUGGGUACGCCACCAUCACCCCUCCUACUCCUCCUACUCCUCCUACUCCUCCUACUCCUCCUACUCCUCCUACUCCUCCUACUCCUCCUACUCCUCCUACUCCUCCUACAACCACCCUGGAUGACAGAAAGUAAUGGGCACGUAUUGGAGGCGCGGGUAAUUGUUCUUUCCUUUGUAAAUUAAGAUGCCAUCAAGACUGCUGUUGCUUGUCACCUGUAAUCAACGAUUCAUUUGCAUAACAAUCACGAGGGUGUGACGUGAAAACCCUUGAUUGGUUUCCAUGCUGCCUGCAAACUCACUUUGGGCAAACUUUUUUCUGCUUCAAUUAAACUAAUGAGCUCAU